UGAAAGGUCGCCCAAGCGAGAUUGACUGAGCCGGCAAAUGAGAGGAAAGUAUUGACAGUGCUGUCCUCGAAGAUCUACCAAACUGAAAGGCCUCAGUUUAUUUGUGAGGAAACUGGUUGCCAUGGCUGCUGAAAAACCCAAUGUUGUUUUUGUUCUUGGAGCGCCUGGUGCUGGCAAAGGGACUCAGUGUAGCAAUAUUGUUGAGAAAUUUAAAUAUGUCCAUUUGUCUGCGGGUGACUUAUUGAGAGCCGAAAGAAAUGAACCCAAGUCUGAAUUUGGAGAUCUGAUAGCGACUCACAUCAAGGAGGGUAAAAUUGUUCCUGUGGCCAUUACUUGUAGUUUACUUGAACGGGCAAUGAAUGAUUCCAUGAAAGCCGGACAAGGAAAUAAUUUUGUUAUUGAUGGCUUUCCAAGAAAUCAAGACAAUUUAGAUGGCUGGAAUUGUCAGAUGGGAGACAAAACCAACUUGAAGUUUGUCCUUUUCUUUGACUGUCCAGAAGAGAUUUGUAUAGAUCGAUGUAUAUCCAGGGGAGCUGCCGGUAGUGGACGAACAGAUGACAACAAAGAAAGUUUAAAAAAAAGAUUUGAGACUUACGUCACAUCGACAAAACCAAUCAUUGACCACUAUGCCGAAAAGAACUUGGUAAAGAAAGUUGACGGUUCAAGAUCUGCCGAUGCGGUGUUCACGGAUGUACAGGCUCUUUUCAGCUCUUAGCAACAGUACUGUAUUAUGAUGGUUUUUCGGGUCUCUAUACGUAACUUUAUGAAUUAUCGUCCACAAUGUAUAUGGUAAUGACAUUCGUACAAAUUCUAAUUAUGAAUAUAACGCACGAGUCUUGAUGCGUUUUUGGCGAAAAAUUUGAUGGUCGAAAAUAACGAUAAGCAAAAUAUUUUUUAAACAAGUUGUCUUCUAUGAUUUCACUUUUAAUCACUAAACUCUGACCUUGACUAUCAUAAUUGACAUGUGAUGUUGCUGAACUUCAGAUUUAUACAAACUCAAAAGUAGAUUUCGUACAUUUAACGUAAUGACGUUCAGCAACAUCUUUUUGUUUUAUUCUCAAUCAUUUUCUGUCAUUUUCACAACUUUCGUUCUGGAUAUUAGAUCAAACUGACAAAACAUGUUAUUUCUGAUUUGUAAUAACAUUGCAAAGUACAACUUUGUAAAAUUCUUUGAUCUGAAAAACAAAAGUAAAUACUAGUUCUGAUGUGACAGCUCUGACUAUCUCUGUUAGCAUGCAUGUCAAACAUCUGUAGCCAGAUUUUCAGACCAAUAUAUUUGAAUCAAAAACAUUGAAUGUUAGAAGAUUUCACAAGAUUUCACUUUUAACAAUUUUGAAUCCUGUGAUUUAGAAUUUGUCUGAGAAAUUAAAUUGCCAGUGUCAUUGCACCACGUUCUGUUAAAUAUGAGUCUCAUGCGACGAGUAUGUUUGUUUAAACAAAAUCCCAAAUACAUUUUGCAUGGAUAUGUCAUGAUUAAAAGUGUACAUCCAUGACACUUGCAAUACAAAUUUCUUUUUUUCUUAAUCACAGAUUUUCCAUCCAAGAAAAAUUUCAAAUACAAAAUAAAAUCCACAAUAAUGGAAAUUGACAUUAUAUAUUAUAGUAUUGUAUAUAAAAGAUUUCUAGUCCAUUCUUUCAUCUCAUCAUAUCAAAGCAAAACAAUCGGCAAAACAUGUGCAUGCGUUAAUUUUAUUGUUAUUUCUAUUGUUGGUCUUUACUACAUUCACACGCACUGUGUGCUACACACAGUUCAAAAAGUAAACAUUGGUCAUGGUUGUAACUCAAGUACUUCAUUAUCACAAAGCAUGACAUGACUCUUUCAGCCAUCUAGCAGAUCUCUAAAAACUGGCCGCUAUCAAAACGUAAUCAUUUUUGUUUUGCACAUGCGUAGUUCUGAUGACAGUUCUGCUUUAAAGAGCGUUGGUUGUCUUGCAGGUUUAAAGUUUGCAGGUUUAAAGUUUGCUUUGAGUAAUAAAACACCGUUCAAACUCAGGCACUCAUUGACCCAGAUUGUGUCCAAUGUCAUGUGACCAACCAACGGCAAAUAACACAUUGCUUGACAAGAUGAUUUUUGAGUAAAGACGCUUGUAUUUUUUUUUUUCGACAACCAGAUUCGGGUUUAGUGAGUAGAUUGUAUUGUAGUUCUUAAAAAUCAU